AUGACGUUACAUCAACCGGCCUCUGUAUUUGAUUCAAUAUUUAACGAAUUAAAUGCUAGUACAAGUGCUGGAACCACACAAGAAAAUAUAUCGUCAACAAUCGUCUCAGUCCAAGCCCCCUUAACACCUUUAGUAAAGCCACUCAAACAAUCUUCACCCGUAUAUGAUGCCUAUUGUUCACACCAAAAUCAACAACAGCAUGAUUGUUCAUCUACACUUUUACCAAUGCCAUCGCGGAUGUCCUCUCAUCAGAAUGUCAUCGCUCAUCGUAAUGAAAUAAAUCCAGUACAUAAACACUUCGUAUUGAAUUCACCAACAGCUGUCACCGCUAUCAAUCAGUCCUAUCCAACUAAACAACCAUCACCUGUCCUGACAAGAUUGAUAAAUUUAAAACGACCUGAACCUUCAAAUAUGUCAUUUCCAAAAACGGUUAUUUGUUCAUGUUUAAAACCAAAUAUCGCCCAUGAUCUCACCUGUCCAGCGUCUCACUGUCCCUCACCAGGCGAAGGACUAUUAUCACCGGAUAAUCGAAAACUUGCACCUACAACAUCAGUUCCAUUGUCUUUAACUGUGCCACAACAAUAUCAGUCUUUUACAGUGAAAAAUUCACCGCCAUUACCAGUUACAGCAGUUACUCCUUUAAAUAGCAAUCAACAACAGCAAUUCACAGACUUUAAUCCUCAAAUUAAACUACCUCGGAUCGAUUUACAACAGUUUGACAAUAAUGUCUUGACGUUAAAUGGAAUAGUAAUACAUACAUCACAAAUUAAUCAACAACAGCAAGGACAACAUUCACCGUUAUCUUCAGCUUCCACAACCGUUAUUAAUUCGUCACAACAGAUACCGGUUGUCAAAUUACAAGAUAUCAAAUAUAUUCCAAAUAUAUUACCACAACAAAAGAAAUCACCGGUUAUGGAUCGACAAAAAAGUUUUCCUGUCGUCAAUAAUCGACGUAAGAAACGCGAACGAAAAUCAGCAAGUAUCAAUCAGAAAGGAUGUGAAAAAGUAGCGGUGUAUGAAAAUCAAAGAUAUUCAGAUGAACUCCAUACGCAAAGAGAACUAGAACCGAGAGCUCAAACUCAGUUAUCAUUUAUACAAAACUCGGAUAUCAUUCAGAACGGAUGUAUUUCAUCUCAAAUGCCAUUCAUGUCAAAUAAUAUUGUCAUUCCAACAUCAGCACAAAAAAAUUCAAUGCUGCAGCAAGUUGUAGUGAAAAUUUCAUCGCCUAACGAUACAACGACUAAUGCAAACAUGAACGAGAAUUUUUUAUCUCAUUCUAAUACUCGUCAAAUCCAACAACGACCGUUUUUUACAAACACCCAACAACAAAUUUCACCCCUUCAGCGACAGUAUAGCAAAGAUGAGAUAAAGAUAACGCCAUCUGUUAGUUCUGCAACAUAUCAAACUCUCAAUUUACAACCUGUUAUCAAUCUUCAACAAUUACAAAUAAACAAUCCAAUAUUGGUUACGUCGCCGAUAAAAGCACUAUGUUCUCCCGUUUCAUCAUCAUGUCCACCUAACAUUGCAAUCAAACAAUCGGCUAUUGAUCAAACAAUCGAAGAUGUUAUUAGUGGUAAAGUUUGUUGUACAUCUACUGGUAUAACAUCCAAUUCAUCCAAACCAAAACGUGCGAAAAUUUCAUGUCAGUCCACGCCAACAUCACCAGAUAAACCAAAAAUAUUUUUUACACCAAUAAAAGGGAAUCCUGCCGUAUGGCAGCAACAACAUUCCUUUGAUUCAACUCAACAAAAUUUCGUCAAUUUGUCACAUCAAGAAUUUUCACAUCUCGCAGAACAAUUGAUUUUCCAACCAUUGCUUGAAAACACCACCGUCUGUAAACAGGGAAAUAUUAAUAAUUUAUCUCAUAAAACAAUUAAUAAUAGUAUUAAGGUAAAAAAACAGAAAACAUUAACGAAAAAAGGAAAAUUAGGUAAAAUUAAACCAGUUGUUCCAAUUUCCUCUUUCUCUUCAUCACUAACACUGCCUCAAACUACCACCACCACUACGGCAACAGUUACUACAAAUUUAUUAACCAAUGUUACGAUUAAUCACAGUAAUACAAUUUCUCAAGAACAAAGUCAGCAACAACAAACAGUCGUUUCUCCCAUUACACCGACACUUAAUUUAAUCAACGUAUCGACAUCGGAACCUUCGUUAUCUUGGUCGUCAACUCCAGCAACAUCCAAUUCUCAACAGAGCUCAAAUAUCAAGACUUUAUCAUCCAAUACUAAUAUAAACAACGGUCAAACUCUUGCUUCUUGGCCACCAGCUGCGAAAAUAACAGCAGCAACGAUCCAUCAGGAAGAAAAGAAUAGUGAUACGUGGAAUUUUGGUAAAUUAUUUAAUACAACCUUUCAAUUAGUUGGAGAUUAUGCCGAUAUAGAUAAUAAUCAUCAACAAAAUAAUCUUGAUGAAAAUAGCACCGAUUUUUUAAAAUCAAUUCAUGAUCAAGAUGAAUCAAAUCAUCCAUAUUCUUGCACACCUCCACCACCGGCUCUGUCACAACUUUUAUCUUCGUCUUCAUGUUCUACAUCGGGAUCGUCAUUAUCUAUCUCAAACAAUUCACAAAGUAAAGAAAGUAAAUUGAACAAUAAUGAUGAUGACUUGUAUGAACAAUUUCUUAAUCCGUCACAUUCAACUUCUUCACCAUGGCAUGAAACACUAAUAUCAACAACAGCAACAACAUCAUCAGAAACACUUAUUUUCGCUAAUGAUAACAAUCAUCAACAAGGUCUAACGGAAAGGAGUAUGCACAUUCAUCCAGGGCAAUCUCACUUAACCGAUGAUGGCGAUCAACAAUUUCAAGAUUUAUUUUUGUUCGAAACUGCUCAAUCACCAACUCCUCCAGUGAGCAACGAUCAUAAAGAUGAUGAUUUUCUUAAUGAAGUACUGAAAAAUUCAUCACCUAUUUCCGAUUGUUCGGACAAACCAAUAUUAUCAUCUGACAGUGAUCAAACAACAAGUCUUACAACUCAUGUAACAAAUGACGAGUUCGAAUCACUGUUCUCAACAUCAAAUUCUGACAUUACUACACAAAGUUCAUCAUUUGAUUCUUCAUCAACAUCUGUGAAUAAAACAAUCAUCGAUUGUAUUAACGACGAUCUGUUAUUUACAAAUCAAUUACAAAAGAAACAUCAGUCACCAAUCAAAUCAAAUUCUGAUGUACAAUUAAAACAGUUAUUAACACAAAAAUCAAAAACAAAAACAAUGCUCGUUACUUCAUCAUCAUCAAUGGUUAAUAAGAAAAAAACAACAACAACAACAUCUAAAAUAUUAAGCAAAACUGCUUUGGCAGUUUCAUCAACAUCAUCGUCAGUUAAUAUUUUCAAUAAGUCUUUGUCAACAUCAUUAGCACCGCCACUAUCAUCUGUUCCAUCGCUGACAAAUUCCAGCGUACAACAAAUUCAAACAAAAGAUAUAAUUGUUUCAUGUCCAAAAUGUUCAUCAGAUAAAUGUGUUGAUAUAACAAAAUACGAUUUUCAGAAUUCAGCGAAAAAAAAUUUUGGCGUUUGGGAAUGUAUGCGAUGUGGAAAUGAAAUUUUCAAAUCAAAUUUGACAGCCGAAGCAAGAAAACGUAAAAUUGAUAAACUUGUUGCUGAUAUGGGAGAAUAUGAAUAUUAUCGUUAUCGAAAUCGUAUGGCAUUUCGUAAUGGUGAUAUUAUAUUUGCACGACGAUCAGAUGGCUAUUAUUGGCCAGGUCGUGUCACAUUGAUAUCUAAUAUGGAAAAUAAUAGAGAUGAUGAAUUUUUUAAUAAUACCAAUACUAAUUACAAUCAAUCACAAACACAACAGCAACCAAAAAAUUGUUUUUAUUUUGUAGCCUUUUAUGGCAAAAAGAUUGAUAAUAAUUAUGAAACAGGUUGGACUAAUGAUGCGUUACCCUAUUUACAAUAUCGAAAUUAUAUGAUAGCAAAUAGUUUAGUACAUCAUUCAAUGAAAACACAAUUUUUAAAUGCUGUGGAUGAAGCUGAUUAUGCAUUUAAUCAACAAUUUCCAAUUGUAUCAUCGAUACAAGAACAAAUAGUCAAUAAUACCAUCGAUUCAACCUCAUCAUCAACUAUUAUUGAUUAUUUUACCCCAAUAUUUCCCGCCGAAGAAAAGGAUAAUACAAUGGAUUUUCAAUUACUUACAACCCAAGCGAAUAAUAAUAACAAUCGGCAGUCAGAUGAUCAUAAUUUUCAACCAGUUGUAUGUGAUCGAAAUGGGCAACAUUUAAAUUCUUCGGAUUUAACUGCCAUACAAGUUCAUAAUCAACAAUCAAGUUCAAUUGAUAAUAAUUUUUCACCAUUAUAUUCUAUCUCAUCAUCUUUGUUAUUUACGAAGACUCAGCAAUCAAAUUUUACUCCCAUGUCUGAUAUACAACAGCAAUUAGGAACAAAUCCACUGUUGAAAACAGGAAAUUUUUUUCUACAUGAAAAUAAUCCACCAUCAACAAAAGAAACUGAUCAUAUGAAUACGAAUAAUUGGACAUUUGAAAAUUUAUCAUCAUCGUCAAUACAAACCCCAGAAAACCAACCAAUCUAUUCUCCCAUUCGUUGUGAAACUACGUCAUCAAUUGUCACGCCACAAAUAGCCAGCAAUAAUAGUAACAGCAAUGUACUUGGUUUCUUACAAACACUAUCAUCAAAUCAACAACCAAUAUUGAAUGAAACAUUAUCUAAAGCAGCAAUGGUAACAAUCGUAACAACGGAAUUAUAUUCACAUUCUAUAUUUAUCAAAUAUAUUUACGAUUGUUUAGCACCAUAUUGCUAUCGUAAUAUUUUUUGUUUAGAUAAUGAAAUGAUGAAUCGAUCAUCGUGUAAUUAUCCUUCAUAUUCAACAAAUAUCUAUUUAGUUUGUAUUGAUAAAUUUGAUACAUCUUUUCUAAAAGAAAAUUUGAAUAAAUUAUUGAUGAAUUCUACAACAGUUAAACAAUAUUACAUCAUUCUCAAUUCACCAAAUCGUGAUUUAAUAACACAUUUUUACACUACGAUAUCAAAUAAGUCAACAAUCUUACUUACCCAAUUGCAUAUGAAAAUUGAAAAUCAUCUAGAGUCUAACACUAAUGGUUUGAACGAUGAGUCUGUACGUUCACCAAUUUUACUUUGUUCUGGUGAUAGACAAACAUUCGAUAUACUUCGAUCAUUAUUAAAACAAAUAUGUUCAAAAUUAAAAUUUAUUGAAAAUUCUGAUUAUAAAACCGAUGAUCAAUUAAAUUCACCUUAUGUAACAUCGUCAAUUUUAAAUUCAACAACUAUAUUAAAUCAAUUAUGUCUAAAUAAUACAAAACAAUUUUUGUAUAAAACAUUUUCAAAUGAAUUUAUUCAAAAAACUCAACCAUUAUUAACUGAAUUAUUUCCAUUAAAACAAAAUUCAACAAAUACAACAAAUGUUUUAGAUCAAAUAAUUAAUAAUAAUACGAAUGAUAAAACAAAACAAAAAACAUUUAUGUCCGAUAUGUUGAAUACAAUCAAACCACCACCUAUUUGUGAAUAUUAUGUAAAAAAUAUUCUAGAAGAAAUAAAAAAUUCGGAUUUGAAAGAUAAAGAUAAACGAUCGCUAACAAUUGACAAUUAUCCUCAAACAUAUCACAGUUAA